GAUUGUGUCUGGAAAACAUGGACCCCGAACCGUGGAAUAGAAUAAACAUUUCCCCACCUGGUGCAAUUUCUUCAAUCCGUAUUCCGUUUAAUAACUCUUCAGACAAGAACAUAACAUGCCUCCUGAAAGAGUCCGACAAAGUCUUGAAGUUACUGCACAGUAAAACCCUACAGACGGAGAUCCGCGUUCUGUACGCGAUACUAUAUGUUUUAAAUAACAGCCUCAGGCAACACGCACCUUUCCGGGCCAUCAAACAGGUUGAGCAAUGCAUAAACCGGCUGAAGGAAAUGAAGUUGGAUGUUGCCUUAAAGGACCUCAAGGAGAUGUGUCCCAAAAAGGCACAAAGGGUGCUGGGAAAGCAGACAGGCCACUGUGAGGUCCCCAGCCAGCCCAUGUUGGAAUGGCUGUGUCUCAAAGUGCUGGGGGCCUGUAAGCUGAUGCUGUGUCUGACACAGCGCUGUUCUCAGGCCUUCCUUCUGACAGGACAGCAUCUUCACUGGGGAGAGUUUGUUGUAUUGAAUGUUGUGCUGACCAGCAUGCUCAGUCGCCUAUGGGUCUUUUCCAAGGGUAUACUGAGGAACCUGGUCCCUUUGUACGAGAAGAUGCUGCCAUUCCUGCAGGAGGUGUCACAGACACAGCCAAUGCCCUUCCUGACAGACUUUGCCCUCCCCACUGACCUGCCAGCGUUCCUAGGGCCAACAUACACGGACCUGGGGGAAAAGGAGCCGCACUGGGUCAGAGCCUCAGCCAAAGUCAAGGGAAUGUUCAGGCCCACACUGCUGAGCAGGUUGUUCAGAGAGGCGGCAGGGAGGAGAGGGGCGAGUAGGAAGCACACGCAGAUGGAGACGUUAGGCAAGAAGACCGAAAAGGUAGACCUGGGGAGUGCAGUUCUGCAGAGGCACCCAGGAGUUAUGGAUCAUUUCUGUGGAUUGGAUAUGAAGGCCAUGCUUAAAAGACCAUAUGGAAACACUAGUCAGGUUGUUUGUGGAGUAUCUUCAGUGCCAGAAAUGCCCAAAAGGAGGUCUUCCUCAAAGGAAGUGGCCGUGAUUGGUGAGAAGAAUAGAUUCUUGAAGCAGGUGGAAGCAGUGUCCUCCUUCAGUGACAUGGCGGCGCAUCUGACACAGAUGAUCGGCUGGUGCAAAGGCAGGAGACUGCGCAGGGAGAGUGGGCGUCUGCGGCUUCUCCACCUCAAGUGCCAAAGGAUAAAGUGCCUGGAAUCACAAGGGUUCAGGGUCAGCAAGAAGCUGAAGGCCUUGAGAAAGGAGAUCUCUGGAGCCCUUUUCCUCAACGGAGGUUGCAGGACCAGACGAUGCUCGUCUCUUUAUGCCGCCUGGAGGAACGCGUAUCGCAGGACACCGUUCAGUAAAAGCCGGAGACGGACCUGUAGACGUGCCAGAAAGGGCAGGAAUAACCAGACCCUGACAGUGGAGAAGGAGGGCUCCCCUGAGAGGGUGACAGGGGGACAGGAUAGUGUAACCAGCAAGAAUACUGAGAGGAAUGGCAGAAGUCACACCCUGAAUCUCACUAUGACAAAUGGGGAUGACAUUGACGAUAUUUUCGCCUCCAUCGGGUUCUGAUCUCCGCAGCCUCAAGUGCUUACAUGAAGCCUUUCUGACAUGAGACAGUGCAAUAAAAGGCGUGUGAGAAAAUAUCAAUGAUUGUUUUUAGUUUUUUACGGAGCAUUCCUGAAUGCAGAAAAAUGAAUUUGUGAUGAAACAGGCUACUCUUACAUUAAUCUCCACGCACUUUUCCUGAUGUUUGCUGAAACCUUUUCUUGGACUGACUGUGAAGCACAUCAAUCAGUACCUAUGAUGAAAAGUGAUCCGUUUUGGUCAGUUGGAGUUGCUUGCACUUAGGAUGAACAGGGGACACUCUUGAACGCGCCAAGUGUCUCCAC